AAAUAUGCCCGUUUCCCUCCCUCCUCCCUGUUCCACUUCCUGCAGUGGCAGUGUUGUACUGCUGUUGGCUUGUAAACAUGGCAACUGCCGGAGCAGCUGGAGACGACCUGAGGAAAGAGCUCACAUGUGCGAUUUGUUUGGAUUUCUUCAAAGACCCCGUUAUACUGAAAUGCGGACAUAAUUUCUGUCGGUUUUGCAUCUGCAUGCACUGGGAUGAAAAUGGCGGAGACUACGGAUAUCAGUGCCCUCAAUGCAGAACGGUGUUUAACAAGAGGAGCUUCACUAAAAACUACCUUGUGCAGAACCUGGUGGCCAAACUAGACGAUCUGGAGUGUCUGGGCUCUUGUCCUACGCCCUCCAAGCCUGUUAAAGUAGAUGGAAAGUGUGACCAACACGGAGAAGAGCUGAAACUGUAUUGCCAGACCGAUAAAAGGCCUAUCUGUGUAGUGUGCAGGGAAUCUAGAGCGCACAGACACCAUGAGGUGGCACCAGUGCCAGAAGUUGUGAAUGAUAUGAAGAUGGAGUUGAAGCUGAGGCUGAUGGAGCUCAACUGGCAGAAGUCUCAAUGUGUAAAAGUUAUAGCAGCUGAUGAGCGCACCAAAAGUGAAGUGCGGUUGAAGAAACAGAGACUCAAAGAGAAGAUUGAGGCAGAUGUCGGUGCUUUGGUACAGUUCUUGCUGGAUGAGAGGGACUCCCUGCUUGAGAGCCUGGAUGCUGAGGAGGUGGCCACCAUGGCCGUCAUAGAUGACAACUUGAAGACUGUGGAGACGGAGGCAGCAGCUGUGGACAAAGCUAUAGCUGAGAUCCACAGCCACAUCAGCGGGAAAACAAGCUUUGAGAGCCUCGCUGAAACAUUCAAUGAAGUCAUCCAUUGCAAGCCUUUCACAUCUCUGGAGCCAGUUAAUUGUCCUUCUGAAUUUACAGACUUCUCAGGUCCCUUCCAGCUUAUCAUGUGGAAGAAGAUGAUGCAUGUGCUGCAUACCAUGCCUCAGAAUCUCACCUUAGAUCCAGACACUGCUCACCCAAACCUGCUUAUCUCAGACUUUGACACCAAAGUGGAGGAGGGCCGUGUCCGUAACCAGGAGCCCGACCUGCCAGCCCGCUUCAACCGGUUCUGUGGCGUCCUUGCCACAGCCCAGUACGCUAGUGGCCAACACUACUGGGAAGUGGAUGUGAAGGACAAAGGUGUGUGGUACCUGGGAGUCACCACCGAGUGCAGCAACAGGAAGGGCUUCGUCAGCCUCACUCCCUCUGCAGGCUAUUGGAGUCUGUGCCUGCAGGACCGACUGUACGCCAACGGGGAGGACGGGCGCAUCCCAGUCGCUGACUACUGGAACUCUCCUCGGGUUGGCGUGUAUCUGGACUAUGACAACGGCCGUCUUAGUUUCUAUGAUGCCGUCACAAUGAAGAGACUUUACAUGUUUGACACCUGCUUUGAAGAGCCUGUCUACCCUUUCUUCAGCCCAGGGAAAAAUGAUCCAGGCAGCAGGCUGCAGAUAUGCCACUAUUACUGAGAGAGCUGCAAUGAGUGUUUAAUUUAGCUGUCUAAGACUGAACUCAUGUAUGCCAGUGUGUUCAGAUUUGCUGUUAGCGAGGUUUUGUCACAUAGACCAUGCUGGAGUGACAGGGUGAUGUUGACUCUUGGAGCCAUGUGUUGUAUGCAUUUGAGCUGUUACUUGUUGGUCUUACUGAUGUUUAAAAACAAAAAACAGAUUACACUGAAUAAGAAUUACCAGGUGUCUCAUUACACUUUGCUUGUAAUGAAGACCUUCAUUUCUCUCAUAUUUUGAGGUUGAAAGUUUGACAUUUGGUAUUUUUCAACAUAGACACACACUGUAGGCUUAUACCCCCUGACUACUGUGUCAGGGUGUUUGGAGAGGUGCUUUGCUGUCUAUAUCACUGUGUCUGCUGGGAUACAGAUGCCUCAGAUGCUCUUGUUGAUUAGAGCAUAUACAGCUCUUAUCCUAUUAGCAACUGCUAUGCUAUAAUACUGUACAUUAACUCAAAUUAGAUACGUUUUUGUUAGGCAAGGUCAGCGCUCUCGCCUUGUUGGGUAGAACUUGAAGGAAAUAUGACAUAGUUACUGUAUCACAUUGAUAGUUGUUGACAGUUAACUCCCUCAUUAAUUCUGGACUGAAGAACAGUCAGUGAGUGCUGAUAGUUAUCAGAAUUAUUUGACUCAAACUGGCCAGCUUGUACUGGGAUGUCGGCUCUCAGACUAUGAUUAGACUUCCAGGAACUUUUGGCUCAGGUUGUUUGUUUUUGUGGAUGUUAACAUAAGUACAGAUAAUAAUUUUAUCAUCAGCCUUUUAGAAUCAUCUUUGUUUUUUGUUUUUAUUCCUUGCAUUGUUGACUUUUUUUUUGGACUUUUUUCUCUGUAUAUUGCUCUGAGUCGCAUUUUGCAGCUUAUUUUUGUGAGCACUGAUACUGAUGGAAUGUUUACCUUUUGUUGGGAGAUUUUUUUAAAAUCCAAAAUACAUUUUAUUAGUCUGCCUGAAAAUGAGCAGGUGUUAGUCGAAACAAAUAGUUUUCAAAGAGUCAAAUGAUGAAUUAUAAAUUUUAUCAUUAAUGAAUAUCUCUGAAUACGUUAAUGGGUGAGCCUGUAGAUGAGUUUUAUUGCAAAAGACAUUCCAUUACUGUCAGGACACUGUUAAGAGUCCGCUGGACUUGGCUACAAUGAAAACCUAUGAAAUGCUGAAUGAAUGUUUUAUUACAUGUUCUUACAUGUUUUUUGUUUUGCUUUUUACAACAGCAUUUAUUUAAUUAUAUUCUGCUUUAGAUCAUUACUUGCUAGUUGUUGAGUUGGUCCUAACGUUUUUAGGUCUAUUAUCCAGCUCUGUCCAAUGUGACUUUUGUCCAUUUUAUUUUCAGUUGGUACCCUUUUAAUCAAUUUUGAAUGUGCAAAUACAUGUAUCUGGACGAUUCUAUAAAUAUUUUCCUUCAUGAACUUAUGAUUUAAACAUUUUAUUGUUUGAGAAGAUACUUAAUGGAUUUUUAUUUUUGCUUGUGCUGUUUCCCACAGUGCUAUGGACCUACAAGUGGGAUAUUUGCCAUCUUACAGGGUUGUACAGUGAGUUUUCUUUCCUUCUUUUUCAAAUGAUCUUAUUGAGGAGCACAGUGGAAACAGUUAACAACGUGAUCAGUUAUAAUAUUUGAGUCAAUCUCAAGAUACUCCAUUUUUCAGGGUUUUUUUUCCUGACGUCUAAAACGCUUGUGUUAGAACUGCAAAACUCUGUGCUCUUUAACUUUAGAGUAUUUGCUGAUAAAUGUUUUGUCUAAUAUGGUGUACGUCAUUUAAUGCUUAUACAUACAUUUCAUUACUGAAUCUCAUUAAUGUAUUCAUCUUAUUGGCCUCUUGGGGCCAUCUUGAUAAAUGUGACAUAAAAGAGAUAAUCUUGGUAAUCCCUGUUUGUGGCCCUUUCACCUGCUAUUAAUGUGCUUACUGUCUCUCAGAGUUUACAUUAAGAUUAAAAGAGGGAAAAAAAAGGA